AUGACGGAAGAAGAGAUGCCAGAGCAGCCGCCGCCAGAGAAGGAUGGGAACACUACCGCUGCCUAUAGAGGCCGCCCUGCACGAGAAGAAGAUCAGCCGGCCGCUCGCCACUGCUCGUUUCCUGAGGUAUGCGAGGAAUGCGCCGAGAAUCAAGCCAGCGGGCACUGCCGGUAUCCAAAGAAGCGUACACCCAAGUGCGGAAACUGCGGCGGUCCGCACGUGGUGAGCUGCCUAGGCUGUGAAGUUAUAAUAGCCGCCGUAGCAAUCCAUCGCGACAAGGCGCCGCCCAAGCAGACGGCCGACCGCUCCGGCUGCCGUCCGCGGCGUGGCGCGCAGGCAACGGCGAGGCAGGCCCAUGUGAAGACGACGCCGGCCAGCGAGAACGACACCCGUGGCCAGUACACUUUCGAAAGGAGCGAACUCUUUGGAGGCCGUUCAGCGAACGGCACUUGGGAAGGCGUCGUGGGGCAGCUGAUGAGAGGUCACACAGACUUCGGGCUGGCGCUCAUGAUGCUGACGACGGCGCGUCUGGACGCCGUAGAUUUCUCGCUGCCACUCGUCUUCUCGCGGGUGGUCGUAAUUAUUCAGGAGCCAAAGGAGGAGGAGACGACGUGGAAUAGCUUUCUGCGGCCCUUCGAUGUACGUCUCUGGCUGUGCAUUAUCGCAAUCAUUGCCCUCGUCUGGGCUGUCCUCAGAGUUCAGAGGAGAUACAGAGCACGUGUGGGGCAUCACGACGACUACAGCCAGACGUACAGUGAUGUAUUGCACGUCGCAGGAGUAUUCUUCAUGCAAGGUUGCGGCGGGGGUCGAGACACGAAGUCGUGCGACAGCGUGCGGGCGUCUCUGCUGGUGGCGUCGAUGUCUGCGCUUUUGGUGUACACUGCCUACUGCGGCGCUCUCACCGCCUCAUUGGCUGCGCACCGCCUUAAGAUGCCCUUCACAGACCUGAAGGGCCUCCUGCAGGACGGUUCCUACAAGUUGCUGGUGCUCUACAAUACUAGCGACGCAGUUCUCAAGUCUGUUUACGAGAAGCACGUCGAGAAAGAUAAGAUUCCAAUACGCAACAAGGAAAUAUUUGAGAGAAUAUGCAACUCACAUAAAAAUGCAGCACUGAUAACUGACGUUGUGUACAGAGCGUACAAGAGGUCAACAAAAUGUCCUGUAAUAAGCGCUCAGGAGUACAUGAGUAUUCAGACGGCUGUAGCCUUCAGGAAAGGAAGCCCUUAUCGUGAACUCAUUAACUAUCACCUGCUGCAGAUGCGGAGUGAAGGGCUGACUCACCGCAUCUACUGGAAGCACUGGUUGCUGCGCGAUGGUCAGGAGAUGCGGGAGUCUCUCAAGCCGGUGACCAUCCAGAGCGUGAUUCCUGCACUCGCCGUCUUGGUAGCCACGGCGCUGCUGUCACUGUGCUUGCUGCUGCUCGAGAGGAAAUCCUACAACAGGCCGGUUCUGAGGGACGCAGCCACAAGCACAGACUAG